AUGAAAGGGAGUGGAGGAGAUGACCCGCACGGGGAUGGCCAGGAAGGGGAAAGCCCCAAAGGGGGAGGCAGCCCCAACAGGGAGGGCCCAAAAACGGGUUCCCCCAAAACGGGUUCCCCCAAAGCGAGUGCCCCAAAAGGGGAGGAAAACCAAAGCGAGAGACCCCCAAACAAACGCAGCAAAGGCAAACAAAUCGACCAGCUAAUCAUCGAAGAAGCAGACGAAAAUACAAUCAUCCCCUAUUACCUAUCCAACCUACUAACAAACGCAUCCAACCCAGUGGUAUUUAUGGACGUAAAUUUGGGGAACCAUUUUCUAGGCAAAUUUAAAUUCGAGUUGUUUCAAAAUAUUGUCCCCAAAACGAGCGAAAACUUCAGACAGUUCUGCACAGGAGAGUACAAAGUGAAUAACCUCCCAGUGGGAUACAAAAACACGACGUUCCACAGAGUCAUAAAGGAGUUUAUGAUACAGGGGGGGGACUUUGUAAAUUAUAAUGGAAGUGGGAGCCUAAGUAUUUAUGGGGAAAUUUUUGAAGACGAAAAUUUUGAUGUAAAACAUGACCAGGAGGGAUUGCUCAGCAUGGCGAAUAGUGGCCCGAAUACAAAUGGGUGCCAGUUCUUUAUCACCACGAAGAAAUGCGAAUGGCUGGAUGGGAAGAAUGUCGUUUUUGGGAGAAUCAUAGACAGCGACUCUUUAAUUUUGCUCAAAAAAAUUGAAAACGUCUCUGUCACGCCGUACAUUUAUAAGCCCAAAAUUCCGAUCAACAUCGUCGAGUGCGGGGAGUUGUAA